AUGAAAGAAGCAUUUUGGUUAACGACCCCACCAAGGACGCCACCUCUGGUCACCCAUUCUCCACAAUCUUCAGUCUCAUUCCAACAUUCGAGUCAAAGUGCAUUGAAUUUUAUCGUCUGGCCUGUGCGAAACUGCGAAACAGAAAUUACAACGAUAACCGAAACACAAAGAAAAGAAGCUUGA